GCGCUGGGCGUCCCGUCCGGGGAGAGGUUAGAGGUCGCGAGGAAUACCACCCCCCCACGCCGGCACUCUGGAGGACUCCUUUGCCACGCGGGUUCGCGGGACGUGCGGCGGCGCUGAGCGCUUAAGUGCAGCUUCCAGGAGUUACACUCACGCCCCUCCUACGAAUUCCCAUUCCUUUUCUAAAGGAGACCCGCAGCAGUCCGGAAAACCUGGACAGACAGAUCCCUCCGACUGCGGACCGACUUCCCUUCCCAAGCAGGAAGGGAGGGGGCGGGCGGAGCGGUGCGUCCCACGGGCCGCGCAUGCGCCGCUCGCGUGCAGCCCCUGGAGUGGAAUCCAGUUGCCGGAUCGCCGCCACGCCGGGAGUGCGCCUGCGCGGUCGCUGGGUCCCUCCACCUCCACUUCCCCUCCCCCUGUCCCCCCGCGGGGGCUCCGGGUCCGGCGGGACCAUGUUCACCAGCACCGGCUCCAGUGGGCUUUAUAAGGCACCUCUGUCCAAGGGUCUUCUGCUGAUCCCCAGUGCCCUGUCCCUUUUGCUAGCCCUCCUCCUGCCGCACUGUCAGAGGUUCUUCGUGUAUGACCUCCAAGCAGUCAAGGACGACUUCCAGGUUUGGAGGUUGAUAUGUGGAAGAAUAAUUUGCCUUGAUUUGAAAGAUACUUUCUGCAGUAGUCUGCUUAUUUAUAAUUUUAGGAUAUUUGAAAGAAGAUAUGGAAGCAGAAAAUUUGCAUCCUUUUUGCUGGGUUCCUGGGUUUUGUCAGCCUUGGUUGACUUCAUCCUCGUUGAGGCCGUGUGGUAUUUCUUUGGUAUCGCUGCAGCCGGGAAUUUGCCCUCUGGAUUCCUGGCACCUGUGUUUGCUCUAUUUGUACCAUUUUACUGCUCCAUACCAAGAAUCCAAGUGGCACAAAUUCUGGGCCCGUUGUCCAUCACAAACAAGACAUUGAUUUAUAUAUUGGGACUACAGCUUUUCACCUCUGGUUCCUACAUCUGGAUUGUAGCAAUAAGUGGACUUGCAUCAGGCAUCUGCUACAACAGCAAACUGUUCCGACUUCACCAGGUGCUCUGCGUUCCCAUAUGGAUGGCAAAGUUCUUUUCUUGGACACUUGAGCCCAUCUUCUCGUCUCCAGAACCCACCGCCGAAGCCAGGAUUGGGAUGGGGGCCACAGUCGACAUCCAGAGACAGCAAAGGAUGGAGCUGCUUGACCGGCAGCUGAUGCUCUCUCAGUUUGCACAAGUGAGACGACAGAGACAGCAGGGAGGAAUGAUCAACUGGAAUCGUCUUUUCCCUCCUUUACGUCAGCGACGAAAUAUAAACUAUCAGGAUGGUCGGCGGUCUGAACAGCAAGCGUCUCCCCCUCUCGAGGUUUCUGAGGAGCAGGUUGCCCGGCUCAUGGAGAUGGGGUUUUCCCGGGGUGAUGCUCUGGAAGCCCUGAGAGCUUCCAACAACGACCUGAACGUGGCAACCAACUUCCUGCUGCAGCACUGAGGGUCCUGGGCGGCUGUCGGAGCCGGGUCGAGCGGCUGCCCACCCACAGCGGGCGCUGCCCGCAGCCCGGGGCUCUAGAGCCCUCCUGGGCGGACGUUCUCCCGUGCUCUCCCGGGCAGACGGUGGUCCCCGCUGCCCCUCCCUUAAUUCCACGGCCAUUACCGUUAAAAAAAAAGUCUCAAAAAUAAGUUUGCCAUUAAAUCAGCAUGUAUUUUCUAUCUUUAUUUUUUUAUGGGGCAUUUUCCUGAGUUUGAAGAAUCAUCACUCGUUCCUGAUGUGUUUAAAAUGCAUUCGAACUGCAGAUUUCUGUAAGCAACUGAAUAGCACCCCCGAUGGGAAGGUACUGCUAUUGUAAUAUUACUCUUCUCACUGUACCGUGUCAGCCUACGUUAUGUCUGAUCAUGAAUGCCAUGACGGGAAGGAGGAAUGUUAUUCAGGAAAAAUGUGGCAAAAUACUCCUUACGGACUUUUCUCAUCACUGUUUUUUUCCUCAAAUUUGCUUUCAAACCCCAGUGGCCGCUCGGUGUUCACCUCUCCUAGGGAGCGAGCAGUACCGAUCUGCUGCACUCAGGCUUGGCCAGGCCUGAGUGAGGAGAGAGAAACAGAGAAGCAAAUCCACCCCACACGGUUCCAGCCCAUGUCAGUCCAGGGAAUCUUUCUAACUCCCCCUCCUCACUUCCAUUACAGAAAAUAAUGAUAAUCAAGUACUGACGCAGGGUUCUGGAAUACUCUGUGGAACUUAACUGGGGUUCCUUUUACUCAGAAUAUGUACAGUUAGCCUCUCAGCUGGGGGUGAAAACAGGACAGAGAGCCCCAGGGGUUCCCUGGAGCGGUGCGUGGGCCCGGCCCACAUGCUCGAUGGUGGGCCCAGUGAGGGCCAGUGCUCUGGACUUUGGGGCCAUCAGAGUGAGGCACGGGAAGGAGCCAUAGGAAGGAGCCACGGGAAGGAGGGAGGCCAAGGUGGGCCGCAGAAAGGGAUUUACAGCAGGGGGACUAUUAAGAUCAAAGGCAAUUAUGUGACUCUUGUGUUCUGCAAAAGGAGCAGAAAUGUAUCAAAUUGAUGCAAAUUUGGACAAGUGUAAUACUUAUAAUAAAGUUUUUAAUGUGUUUUA